UAGUAUGUUCCAUCCUUUACAGAAGUCAACAGUUUCAAAAGAGGUGUACAAAUAACACUUCAUCAACGCGAGGAGUCAAGGGUCAUCUAAUGCUUUCGUCUUCUACGUUUUCCGCCAAUAUUCAAACAUGGUGCGAGGAUGACAGCAUCGUGUUCAACGAUACGUUAGGGAAUAAUAAGUCUAUGUCGCUGGAAGUAGCACUCAUGUGCAGACGAGGGGCCCUACGGCCUGCACAGGGCCGGCGGCAUCUUAUCCUCGCCCUUUUAUCCGUAACAGUGCUGGCAGGGCUCUUAGCUUUCCUUAAUAGUUCGCUGGAGGAGAAUGGCGUAAAGCUUGUUUUGGAUGCGCCGAGCAUGGUCCGAAUACGCUCGCGAUACCUCCUCAGGCCCAGGGCUCGAGAAACGCGCCCACGACUUUCCGCAGUUCAAACUUGGAGCAGCGACCUGUGGGACACUGUCUUCGCUACCAAGACGCAUCCCACCGUGGUGCCGUAUCAGAAUGUCUUUCUGGUCAUCGUGAUCGCGUCUGCGCCUUCUAACACGCGUCGACGGAACGCCAUCAGGUCGACGUGGGGUCGACGUUCCACGGAGUCCAGCAGGUUCGACCGCAACACGUCCACGACCCUCUUACCGGUAUUCCUGGUCGGCGAAUGCGAAGAUUCCUCUCAAAGGCGUCUGAUACACAAGGAGGCUAAGGAAUUCGGCGACAUGCUGGUCGGCACCUACUUGGACACCUACCGAAACCUGACGCUCAAGACGAUCCACGGCUUUCUCUGGGUCGCCGAUCACCUCAGGCCCAGCUUCGUCCUGAAGACGGACGAUGACUGCUUCGUCAACGUCGGUGUACUGCUCGACGUCCUGGCGGAAACCGUGAUCUUUCAGUCAGAACCCGUCGAAACGAGCAUCGUCAGCGAGAACUCGGGGAGCGAGGUGCCUCCGGGCGACGGGGCCGCCAUUGAGCGGGCGUCGUCGUCUUCUUCGAGUCCCGGGAAUGCCGGGCGUGCCGUCGUCGCCAGAGUACCGUCCCCUCUGUACGUCGGCAACAUCAGAUGGAACAACCAGGUCGUCAGGAACCCCAAGAGCCGAUGGUUCGUUUCCGAAAGGGACUACGUCAGGGCUCAGUACCCGCCGUACGGAAGCGGAGCCGGUUACGUCCUGGACGCCCGCGCUCUCGACGUUCUCGCCAGGAAAGUGCGCCGAGUGAGACCCUUCGCGAACGAGGACGCUUACGUCGGGACGGUGCUCGGCGAGGCUGGCGUGAGACCGGUGCAAAGCUACCGGUUCGUUUCUCAGCCGUCGGGCCUGUGGACGUGCAACUUUCUCUACGUCGUGGUCAUCCACGGGGUGUCUCACGACGAUCACCGUAAACUCCUCGACAAGGUGAGGGCCGCUAGGGAACAGUGUCGCGACGUGGAACGCGACGUCGGUUGGGACUGAGACGACACUCGACGGUUGUAGAAGAACGAAUGGCGACACUAUAUAAGAUGUAAGUGUGUGAUAGCGUUUUUGUUGUCAAAGGACAUGAGUGCUAAAGAAAGGAGACCGCGGAAAAAAAAUAA